UUUGUAAUUCGAUCGAAUAGUGUAGAGAGUAAUGUUUAGAUAUAAGCGUGCGUCGCUAAAUCCGUUAGGUAUUUCUGAUUUUUUUCGUCAGCUGAAUUCCGUAAAGUUUCAUCGCAUCGAUUGCCGAUUUUUCACAUGUUUCGAGCGGAUCCAACAUCCAUGAGUCCAGUGAUCGAGCCUCGGCUAGUUUCGCGUCAGACUUUGGAAAAAUUUGCUUCGGAGAACGACAGUUUGCGUUCGGAGAGUCGAGCGACUGGCGGCGAUGCCGCCGCUGCUACCUCGACACCUGUGCGAAGCAGUGCUACCGAUCCGACGCGACCGCGACGCUUACUCGUCCAGCAUUUCGAUACCAGCUUGACCGCCGAGGGGUUAAUUACAACGGGUGAUGGCUUGGUACUCGAGCAGCCACAGCAACAGCAGCAGCAACAGCAGCAGCAACAGCAGCAGCAACAGCCACAACAGGAACUGUCGGAACUGCAAGCAUCGCUGCGUGUGCAGUGGCCUUCGCUCAUCGAACGCUGCGGAGGCGCCGAUCGUUUCAUCCCUCGCAGACGGGGCGUGAGCUUCGACGUGUCGCACUAUCGUCACACGCACGAGGACGAUCACAACUCCGACGGCCUCUACCUCGACGUGUUUCAGGAGGUGAAAAACGCCACCGAGCGCUGGCGCAGAAAGUACAUGGACACGGCUUUCCACUCGCUCAACAUAUUCGACGGGAUGAAUUGCAAGCGCAUCCUCAACAUCGGCGAGGCAUCGCCGUCUGCUGAGGACGACGGCUGCGGCUCCGGCUCUGUCUGUUGCGGCGGCCUCGGUUGCAACGACAACGACGACGAGUGCCAGUGGGACGCGAGGCCCCGCAAGUAUCCCCUCAUGAGCAUCAAGGGAGAGACGUCCAAACGUUACCGGGAUCAUGGAGCUUUAAUAUUCCGUUUCGCCAUGGCGUUAAGAUACAAGCACAUAAUCGACUGGAGCUCAAAGAACAUACUUGCGGCGGGCCUCUCGGACACGCUCUGCAUCUGCGACGUUGAUUUCAAAAAUAUGUCAAAAAUCCAGAGAGUCGAUUAUCCUUCUUAUCUUUGCGCCGUCAAAUGGAACGAAGCCGGAAAUCGAGUGGCUACGAGCACGAUGGAUGGUUUCACGACUCUAUAUGACUCUGACCUUCGAUGCAUCGUGUGGUCCAGGAAGUGUCCUUGCUACAGGAUCAACACCGUGCUCAUAGAAACCCGCUGCAAAUGUCGUGUUGUCUGCGCCCUCUGGGCAAGAGAGGAUAAGCACAUAAUCACUGGCUGCGACAGCGGCUGCGUGCUCAUACUGAGAUCGUCCAAUGGAAGUGUGCUGACUCAGAAAAACUUCGACACGGAACUAUUGGCUCUGUCGCUGUCGCCGAAGGAGCAGUUCCUCGUGCUCAGUUGCGCAGACAAACUGGUGAAGGUCUUCGACUAUCCGUCUUUGACGCAGCUCUUCGAGAUCGCCUUCUUCGCCAGUGUGAGGGCCUUCGCCUGGCACCCUUGGUCCUCGGGUAUAUUGUGCAUCGGCGGUGGCCCUGGCGACGCCUCGCUCUCGCUCUGGAACGUCAACAGUCAGCGCCAGUUGGGCUACCGUAAGGUCCACUUCGUCGGCUCGGUAGACUCGAUGCUCUUCAAUAAGCUCAGUGGUGAGUUGCUGGUUCACUGGUACUACCUCGAAGGCGAAAAGCUGCGCUCCAAAAUCGCGGUGCUGGCGGGCCUCAAUCGCAUCGUGGAUGCCGUUCCCAUUCAGCCUGAGCACAGGAUGCUCAACAUCGUUUGGAGUCCCGAUCACACGAAGCUCGCGGUUCAACACAGAGAUACGUUGGUCAUUUGGAAUUUUUUCGGCAGCGAGUUGAACAAAUGGAACAAGAGCAAGAAGCAUAAACACGGAGACAAGAGUGCCAGCUCGUCGGAUGCCGUUAAUUACUGCUGCUUGGACACGCAAACUCGCACUGGACCACACACUUCUCUGGCAAGCGCAAGACGAGGCAAAAAUUUUAGCCAUUACAAUAUUAGAUAGCCACAUUAUUAAAUAGUGCGAGCUAGUCUUUUUGUAUAUAUUCUUGUUGAAUGCCUGGAACUUGGCCAGCCCGAAUUACGACAACUACAUUUUUCCUCUUUUUAUUAUCAAUUAUUAACC